CCGUUCCCCAUGUCAUUUCCUGUGAUAAAAAUGGUGGUCACAGCUCGGGGAGGCGACUGAGUCGCUGUGAAAAUUUGACGGAAACUUUGUGCCGGGCAGCCGCGGAGGCAGUGGCCGGGGGUCGGAGCUCUGCGACCGGGGAGGAGAGAGCAGAGCCCACCCGGGAGAGAGGGUCCGCGUCCCCGCUGCGUCUGUGCAGAAGGUGGGUCUGUGUCGGUAGCCACAGUGGCCAGCGAAAAUGGCUUCCGAAAACAGCAGGCAGAUUGCCAGAUGUAUGCAGAUCGAAACAGAGGAGAAAGAGUGGCGCAGAUUGAACACGGUUGAAGAGCAAGAUGUGCUGAUUUCCAUGAACAUGGUUCCAACAUGAGUGACUCGUUGGACCUCUGGUGUGAGUUCUGACUUCACUUCAGCUUGAUUUUAUUUUGAAAUACUCAGAGUCCGACAUGUGUUUGUGCCCUGAUCGGUCACCAAACAUCUGUUGGACAAAUGACGUCCCCGUCAGCCUCAGAGGAAAUGUUUAGAAAUGGUGACCUGCUGAGGGCAGAUGAAAACUAGCUCGAAGCUAACUCCUGUACAGGGUUAUGUUUAAUAUUGUACACUGGGCCCAUUACAGCAGAGCAGGGGCGUGUCCAGAGGAGCAGUUUGAGCCCCCCUUGAGAUCUAGUUGGCCACCCUAAAAAAACUACGAUUGGCAAUUUGCCUUGUCAGAGGCGGGACCUAUGUUAUAAAAAAAAUUGGGCAUGUUGCAGCUUUGAAUGGGUUUUAUUGCAGCACUUUUUCUUUUGUUAAACUUUAAAUCGUGACUUUGUUUUAUUAAAAACAUAAAAUUGUCUUUACAAUUCAAACUCUGAUAUAAUCAGUCCUUUGAAUCCUGUGCGAUGGUGUUUAAUUCAGAUCUUUGUCCUCCAGUCUGUGAGGAGUGUCAGGAUUAUUUCCAGGACGAGUGUCCGUCCCACGGGCCCCCACUGUUCAUCCGGGAUACACCUGCAGCCCCGGGGUCGGCCAACAGGGCGACGCUCACCGUCCCGUCAGGGCUGGAGGUCUUCACCGAGGGAGACGAGGUGGAUGUUCGCUGCGUGGAUCCAAAUAUCCUGAAGGGGGCGGUGUUCGGUCCGUUUGAAGGGGAGCUGGUGACCAAAGACAAAUCCUCAGGCUUCUACUCCUGGAUAAUCGUCGAUCAUAACAACACGUACCAAUCCAUCGAUGGCAGCGACGAGACCAAAGCCAACUGGAUGAGGUUUGUCCGUUCCUCAUCUGAGGAGAGCGACAGGAACUUGACGGCGUUUCAGCACCAGAAGAACAUCUACUUCAGAGUUUGUCGGACUCUGGAGGCCGGAGAGAAGCUGAGGGUUUGGUACAGCGACGACUACAUCCAACGACUUCACUGUGUCUCUCAGGAGAGCAUCGACCGCAACCUGGACUCAGGUACAGAGAAGCCUGCCGUCCUGCCAAACAUUCAGAAAGACUUUAAAUCUCCGUGCCUGCAGUCAGCUCUGCAGGGCAAACCCAGCCUGAGAAAACAACCUGACGAAGAGCCCGACGGCCAACCUCCUACCAAGAGGAAGAAGAUUGACCUCAUCUUCAAAGACGUCCUAAAGGCUACUCUUAAAGACUCCAGCAAGCUGUGCGUCUCAAAAGGCUGUAAACCAUCAACGCCCGGUUUAGGGUCGUCUGAAAGAAGCUUUAACGUUUCAAACCUGAAGGUGGAGGAGAACGAGAGCAGCGAGGCACCCUCCACCUCCUUCUGCCCCAACUGUGUCAAACUGAAGAAGAGGAUCCUAGAGCUGGAGGAGGAGCUGUCCCGUCUUAGGGGAGGAAGGGGCGGCGUGGUCAGGCCAUCAAUGUCUGAACAGCACCAGCCCCAAAACCACCAGGUCCCGCCUCACCCUGAACAAGGCCCCAUCGAAGAUUUACAAGGGAUGGAGCCCCUGACUCCCACUCAAGUGGUCCUGGAGGAAGACGACCAGGAUGUUGACUCUGCUGACGAGUCGAUUGCUACAGAACUUGUGAUUUUUCCAGAGGACUCAACAAAGUUUUCUUCUGGAGGAGGUCGACGGAUUCGCCGCUUCAAGCAGGAGUGGCUGAAAAAGUUCUGGUUCCUUCGCUACUCGCCAACUCUCAAUGAGAUGUGGUGCCAUGUUUGCCGCCAGUACACCGUCCAAUCAUCCAGAACAUCUGCCUUUAUCAUCGGCUCCAAGCAGUUCAAGAUCCACACCAUCAAGCUCCACAGCCAGAGCAACCUCCAUAAGAAGUGUCUGCAGCUGUACAAGCUGCGUAUGCAUCCAGAGAAGACCGAGGAGAUGUGCAAGAACAUGAUGAUGCUGUUCAACGCCGCGUAUCACUUGGCUCUCGAAGGACGACCCUUCUCUGACCUCCGUCCACUGGCAGAGCUUCUGAAGAGGUGUGAACUCAAAGUGGUGGACCAGUACAUGAAUGAAGGAGAUUGUCAGAUCCUUGUUCACCACAUUGCCCAUACUGUGAAGGAAGACCUGGCUGAGAAGAUGCGCCUGUCUCCCUUCCUCAGUGUCAUAAUGGACGCCCAAAAUGACGACCUUUUCUCAGACAUGGUGGCAGUGUACGUCCAGUUCAUCACCAAUGAGGGCUCCCCGAACACAGAGUUCCUGUCCUUGCAAAGGCUGAACAUGGCUAGUGUGGACGGGUAUCUUCAGGCAAUGGACCGAGCCUUUGGGGUCCUUGGUCUCAGGUUUCAGGACUUGCUGGUGGUGGGUCUGGGGCUCGACGGCACCAAUAUCUCUUCAGGAACGAGAGCCAGCCUAUACAUGGCUGUACAGAAGACCUUUCCAUGGAUCCUUUGUCUUCCUAUCAUGAUCCAUCGUCCCCAUCUGGAGGUGCUGGAUGCCAUCAGUGGGAAGGAGCUCUCCUGCCUGGAGGAUCUGGAAAACAACCUCAAGCAGCUUCUCAGUUUCUACCGCUACUCGCCUCGCAUGAUGGCUGAGCUGCGAUCCACCGCGCCAACGCUGUCGGAGGAGACAGAGUUCCUUGGAGACAUUAGAGCCAUUCAAUGGAUCAUAGGAGAACCAAACGUCCUUAAUGCAUUAAUCAAAGAUUACCUGGAGGUAGUCGCACACCUGAAGGAGAUCAGCAGCCAGACACAAAGGGCUGAUGCAGCUGCCAUCGCACUGACCCUCCUCCAGUUCCUCAUGGACUAUCAGUCAGUGAAGCUCAUCUACUUCCUUCUCGACAUCAUAGCUGUUCUCUCUCGUUUAGCCUUCACCUUCCAAGGGGAGUACCUGCUGGUGUCACAGGUGGAAGCCAAGAUUGAGGAGGCUGUCCUGGAGAUUGGUCAUUUGGUGGACUGCCCUGGAGAAUAUCUGCAGGAGUUUGAGGAAAAUUUCCGUGAAAGUUUUAACGGCGUUGCUCUAAAGAACCUCCGGGUUGCUGAGUCCAAGUUUCAGUCCAUCCGAGAAAAGAUCUGCAACCGCAGCCAGGUAAUCCUGUCUCAGAGGUUGGACCUACAGAGCUGUUCAUUUGCCAAAGCCUGCAGGGUCCUGGAUCUGUCCACCUGGCCUCACAACCGGGAGGACCUGCAGGCUUACGGGGAGGAAGAAAUCCAGAUGAUAUUCAACCAUCUGGAGUCCAUCCCCACUGGGGGUCAGGAGUGCUCCCUGGCCAGGACCGAGGCCAAAGGCAGCCUGGUGGGGGAGUGGAAGGAUUUGAAAUCAGACUACUACAGUAUGAACGGUUUCAAAGAGGUCAUCAGUCAUGUCUGCAGGUACAAGCAGCGCUUUCCUCUGCUGAACCGGAUCGUACAAGUCAUCAGGGUCCUGCCCAGUUCCACGGCCUGCUGCGAUAAAGGCAGGGGGUCUCUACAGAAGAUGUGUAAGAACAAUCGUUCCCGGCUGACUCUGGAGCAGAUGAACGACCUGCUGACUGUUGCGGUGAACGGACCGCCCAUCUCUAACUUUGAUGGGAAGCGAGCGUUGGACAGCUGGUUUGAGGAGAAGUCUGGCAGCAGUUACUCUCUGUCAGCUGAGGUGUUGAACAGGAUGUCGUCCGCUGAUCAGAAGUCUGUCCUGCACAGUGUCGAUGUUAACACAGACUUCUACCCGGAUAUUUAACUACAAAGAAACAUUGUAAAGCUGAGCUAAUGAGAAGAAAAGGUUUUUUAAACAUUGAUAACAUAUUGCCGUCCAAUCUUUCUAAACGGUAAAGGACAGGGGGGUCUUUGCUCCAUCUGUUCUUCACCGCUGAGUAAACCUUUGUGUGAGAGAGAUUCCUGCUCAGCUGAGUGAAACAUUCCCGGGCAGGCAAGGAAUCAAGCAAAAAGCAGGGGCCGCGUGGCUUUAUCUGCAAAGUGACAGUAAAGAAACACAACACAACGACAAAUACAUGCAAAAUAAAUAUACAUGUGUAUGUUGAUCAAAUAAGCAAAACACAGACAAAAAAACAAUAAAACAAACACAUAUAAGGCUUAUCUUUCCCUCUAGCCAUUUUCACAUCUGCACUCAUCUGCAGACUUUCCCUUUAGGGAAUGCAGCAGGUUCAUUAGAUCACGGAGAUGGUAGAGGUGGCGUGCAGACAGUCUAUGGUUGUGCAGUGAUCACAGGGAAUAAACGUCACCACCCCCUCCCACUCGCUCCAGGUGAAUUCUCCUGAUUAUAUCCUGCUGCGUUCUCACAUCAGCUCACUCUGACUUUCUGCAGAAUAAACACGAGGAGGCUGGAGGAGAAACUCCGGGUGAAGAGAGAAACAUUCAGCUGUUUGUGUUCACACAUGACGCUCAGUCUGGAAAUAUCAGGAGGAUUCUGCAGGUGUGAACGUCCUAUCUGACUUCACCUGGAGUUUCUUUGCCUCCUAGUAUUUUUCCGCAGCAACUCCAAGUGAGCUGAUGUGAGAAUAUACAUGUAGAAGGAUAUAAUCAGCAGUCCUCCUGAAAUGAUCUAGAUAUUUUCAGGAGUGCAUGUGUGAAAGCGGCUAAAGAGAAAAAAAAGACUGGUUUAGCGUCCCACGUACAAAGGCUACAGUCCUUAUCGCACGGGUCAGAGGAUCGAUUUCCAAUCCUGACGUAAUCUCCCCACCAAAGAAAAAGUUUAAUGUCUACAAAAAGUCCCACAAAAACACACAAGACGACCACAAGGGGACCCCAGAAACCCCUCUGAUGGGUUCCUCAACUACCACAGAGACUGAAAACAGUAAGAAACUGUAAAUCAUUUCAACAAGGCGAACAGGGACAGAAAACGACCGCACAAUAAGUUUAUGUCUGGACGGUUGUUUGGCCCAUGCCAGGGUUUGAUUGACAGCUGUCACACCAGCACAAACAAACCGCAAUAACGAGUUAGUUUGAACUGAACCAAACGGGUUAGGUGUGAAAACCAAAACAAAUCAAAGAUGCAAAUGAGAAGAACUCACAGAUGCAAAACAACCACAAACAACUUGUCCCGUGUGCCAGAUGAGCGGCUGUGGACUGAGGCCGGCCAUGUCCAGCUGGAUCCAAUGAUGAAGUCUUCUUUCACUGCUGUUCUUUGUCUAGCUGAGCUCGCUGAGGGUCCCUGCUCUUGUCAGAUUGGAUAAAUAAGCUCUUGUCUCUUGAAUAAAAAGUCAGUUAUACGUGAGAAACAAUCAGUGAGCAGAGCGUGUGUCCCGCUUAGCGUCUCUCUGCAUGCUUACAGACUAGGUAUUCAGUGGCGUUGAGUAUGAAGGCUUUAUAUUCCUAAUAGAAAAGCUUUUUCUUGUAUAGAUCCUAUGAAGUGUAUAUACUGGAUGCUGUCGAGCCUGUUUGUAAGAGACUAUUUUUCUCUUGAAUUUCAUGAUUGUGCCAAAACAAGCGAAAGAAAAAAAGGUGCUUUCCUGCCACGUUGUGUUUAUAAUGCUGCAGGUCCUGCGAUGAUUCUACUUCCUGUUUGGAGGAACUUCAAUCUCAGCAAAGCCAAAGCUAACGCUCACAAGGAUUUAAGAGUAACAAAGACUGCAUGAUGAUUUUAAACUGUUUCUAUUCAGUGCAAAGUUUCAAAGAUGACGUUAUGAGAUGCUGAGACGACUUCAGCUUGACUUCCUGUCCUGAGGCUGAAGAAGUUGAGGACAUUUUGGGAAAUUCACUUAAUUUACAGCCUGCUUCGGGGUGCUGGUGGAGCAGUGGUCAGUGCUCGCGCCCCAUGUAUGGAGGCUGUAGUCCUCCAGGCGGGCAGCCCAGGUUUAAAUCCAACCUGUGGCUCCUUUCCUGCAUGUCAUUCCCCUCUCUCUCCCUGAUUUCUGACUCUAUCCACUGUCCUAUCUCUCCAAUAAAGGCACAAAAAGCCAACAAAAAUAAAAUAAAUGACAGUCUGUUUACCUGUUAAAAGAAAGAAUUGCUCUUUAAGUGAAUUUCCUAAAAUGUCAAACCGUCUCCAUGAUUUCCGUCGUCUCGUCUGAAUGAUGUUUCUAUUAUGACUUAAGGACCCGGUCUGCCUUUGUUUGUAUCCACACGCUGCACGUCUGUAUUUUAUGCAUGCAGUUACUCUUGUAUGGAAGCUUCUGUUUUUUUUUUUAAAGCAUAAUGUUUGUAUGGAGGACACUGCCUGAGCUGUUUAAAGUGAGGUCAGACUGAUCACUGCUGCGUUAAUACUCCAACACACGAGACGUGAGAAUGACUAUCAUUGAGUCCUACGCUGAUUGGGGGUCUGAUGGCGUCCGGCCCCCCAGCUGAAUGCACUUUGCUUUUAGUUGGAUGUUUGAGAUUCGUCCCUGCUGGACUCUGAAUGUGUCUCAGAUCAACCAAAAGAAAACAUUACCUGAUUUCUCUGUUUUUAAAAUCUUUGAAAUGCUUUAAGAUGUUUAACAUGUUCUCUUUAAAAGCCAUUAAAUCUGAAUCCAGCAGUUCUGAUUGGAUAAAAUAAAA